UUAAGGAAUGCGAAGAUUACGAAAGGUUGGUCAAACGGAAGACAUCAGACUGCAGUCGAGGGGAAGAGAACGAUGUAAAUACAACGAUGGAUGCGAAGUUUUACAUUCAAGAUUUAGACAAGUAUUUCUGGUACGAUUCUUGCUAUGAGUACGACAGUGACAACAAAUGCACGACGGGAUACCUUGAUCUUCUCGUUAGCAAAACUAGAUACUCUGAUUCUGAUGAUAGUGAACUUGACCUACAAGAACUUCCUUGGCAACUAAUUGCCUCCGACCUGAAAUAUCAUUUCAACAUGGAUAUGUCGGAUGACAAAAUGAAGUUUUCCUGGAAAGGUCCAGAAUGUGGAUUUGAUGGCAAAUUGAUCGAUACCAGCGGUACAGGAUCGGACAGACAGAACAUCUUAGCUUUGUUAAUUGCCUUUUCCUUAUACUCGCUGUUUUUUUAGAAUAAUUAUAUUUAAG